CCUUCCGGAAGUUGCCGAGCGGCGCCGGCCGUUGCCCACCCUCCGUCUCCUCAGCGCCGCCGCCGCCGCCGUUUCCCCCGGCGCCGUUCCGCCGCCCCCUCCGCCGCCUCCUCCCCGCCGGGGGGGGCCCACCCGGUCCGCCGCCCCCGGCCCGGCGAGGCCCGGCCCGGCAGGAUGAUCAAGCUCUUCUCGCUGAAGCAGCAGAAGAAGGAGGAGGAAUCGGCGGGCGGCACCAAGGGCACCAGCAAAAAGGCCUCGGCCGCGCAGCUCCGCAUCCAGAAAGACAUCAACGAGCUGAACCUGCCCAAGACGUGCGAGAUCGACUUCUCUGACCAGGACGAUCUGCUGCACUUCCGCCUCCUCAUCUGCCCCGACGAGGGUUUCUACAAGGGAGGGAAAUUCGUCUUCAGUUUUAAGGUCGGCCAGGGCUACCCCCACGACCCACCAAAGGUGAAGUGUGAGACGAUGGUCUAUCACCCUAACAUCGACCUGGAGGGCAACGUCUGCCUCAACAUCCUCAGAGAGGACUGGAAGCCCGUCCUGACGAUAAACUCCAUCAUCUACGGCCUGCAGUACCUUUUCCUGGAGCCGAACCCCGAGGACCCCCUGAACAAGGAGGCAGCAGAAGUGCUGCAGAGCAACCGGCGCCUCUUCGAGCAGAACGUGCAGCGCUCGCUGCGGGGGGGCUACGUCGGUGCCACCUACUUUGAGCGCUGCCUCAAGUAGCCCCCCCCUCUCCCCCCCCCCCACCCCCCUCCCAUUUCCCCCAUCCCCCCCCACCGUCUCCUCCCCGCCCCCCCCUAUUUAUUGCCCCCCUGGGGGCGGGGGGGGCCCCCUCCUUUCUGCCUCCCCCCCCACCCGACCCCCCUCCACCUCCCCUUUCUUCUCCCCCCCCCCCAACCCUCCUCUCCCCCUGCGGGUGAUUAAAGGGCGAUGGUAACGAGCGGCGGCGGCCCCCCCUCCUCCUCCUCC